AUGCGUGACGACUGCGGCUGCAGAGAUUCCUUCCUAUCCUUCAGAAUGGCAACUCUUGAAGAACUUGUUGCUGCAACAAAAAUCCUAGGUGAGUCUGCUGGUGAGGCGGUUAAGGAGCCGGAUGCCACGGGCGUUUCGGGUUUGAAACGGGGAGAAAAUGGGAUUGAGGUUUCUGGGUUCAAUAAAGCUGAUGGGGAUAAUGAUCACUCUGUUUUUAGGGCCACUAAGCGAGCUGUUGAGGCCAAAACAACUGUGGAGACUACUUUUGUGGGCGAGGGUCAGCUACAAUCUCACUUGAAUGUUGAAGAGAAUGAGGAAGAAGGGGCUGAGAAUGGAAUUUUUGUAUCUGGUGAUGAUAAGAGCGAUUCGGUCAGAGAAGAAGAGCGUAAUCAGAAUGGAAUUAAUCUUAUAGUGGACGUUCUUGGUUCUUUGGAUGGUGGCGAUGGGAGUAAUAAGUAUCUUGAAACUGACGGCGGAGAAAGCUCUUUUGUAGAGAAUGCAGGAGGCUUAAAUAUUACCUGUGUUCUAGAUAUCAUGGGUCAAGAUUAUAAAGCAGAGGAGGAUGGUCAAGUGGUGGAAAAACAUGAGCAUGGUUUUUGUGUGGGAGAUUUUGUUUGGGGUAAAAUUAGAGGUCAUCCUUGGUGGCCUGGACAGAUUUAUGGUCCUCAGGAUGCAUCAGAUUUUGCUCUGAAGCAUUGUCAGAGGGGUCGCCUCCUUGUUGCCUUCUUCGGGGAUGGUUCUGGUUCUUGGUGCUUGCCAACGCAACUUAUACCUUUUGCGAGCAAUUUUGAGGAAAUGUCAAAAGGAAGUAGUUCUAAGAGCUUUCUCAAUGCUGUGCAGAGGUCGAUUGAUGAGGUUGGUAGGAUGUUGGAGAUGAGUUGUAAUUGUAUAGCAAAAGAGAGAAAAGUUGGCCUUGCCAGGCCAUUGGCGGUGAAUGCUGGGCUGAAACCGGGAGUUCUCAUGCCAGAGGUAGAUAUUAACCGCCUUUCUGUUCCUAAAUACGAACCUGCUGAAGUACUUGUGAAGGUUAAGAACCUCGCACAGGCUGUUUCUAUUGGCAGUAUGCUUGAGCUUGCAGUCUUGAAGAGUUGGCUAUCUUCCUUUUAUCGUUCAAAGGGAGGUUACCAAUUGCCUGUAUAUCAUGAAGCCCAUCAAAUCGAAGGUCUUGAAGACACAGGUGAAAUUGGAAAUGUCGUUCCAAAUGGUUUUACUCUUCCAAUUGAUGGCCCAAUUUCAGGUCCAGUUGAAGAAGACUGGCUCUCCUCAUACAGUACAGGUAUGCAGCAGUUCCCAGCACCUUCAGGGGAUAAGAUUUAUCGGAGAAGGAAGCAAAAAAGUGUAGCGGAGCUUAUGGGAGAAACCACUGAUAUUAAGCUCAAAGAUAAGAAGGGAACUGCAGCAAAAGAUGGAACAUCCACAAGGAGGAGGAAGAGCAAGUAUUUAACUCCCCCCUACACGGAGAGGGUAAAUGAAGUUUCUUCCGUUGAAAAUAUUGUCAGGGAAGAAGCUAAUGAGUCAUCAACGCCAAGAGAAAGGAAGAAGAGCAAGUAUUUAUCUGCCCCCUACACAAAUCUUAAUCGAAGGGCGGGAAACUCGAGCUCAAAAGGAGAGUCAGAAAUUGAAUAUGAGAAAAUUGACAAGACUGUUAGGGUGGGAGAGCACAUGACAAAGGCUGAUGGAGAUCUUUUUCCAUUGCCUUCAAUUUCCAAUCCUGUGUCUGCAAAUAUACUUCCUAGUUGGCAACAAAAGGGUAUUGACUCGUCUACUUAUACAAGUUCUCAACAGGAUGAGAAUGAUCUGAAGAAGAUUUUUGAUACAGUAGAUGUUGAUGCAUCAGCAUUCAGGAGCUCAAUCUAUUUGGAUGGAUCAAACUAUAAAGAGUUUCAUGGCCAUCGACGAGGUAAGAAGAGAAAGUUAUUGCAUUUUGAUCCAGAGAAUCAAGGGAAUGGCACAAGUGAAACAAAAGCCAAGAAGUCCAAGCCCAAAAUUCCUGAAGCAGGGACCAAUAAGAUUGACAGAAGUGCUUCAUCGGCAUCUCUUGUAAUUACAUUUUCCCCUGGAUUUACUUUGCCAUCAAAAGAUGAUGUUAUUGGAAUGUUCAAUACGUUUUGGAGUCUGAAUGAGAAAGAAGCGAAUUUGGUGAUGGAUUCAAACACUGUUCAGGUUGAGUUUGUUAAGAAUUCUGAUGCAGAAGAAGCCUUCAGAUCAUCAGUAAACAAAGACUUAUUUGGCUCUGCUAUUCUUAAACGUAGUAUACAGCAUUCUUCAGUGACCCUUCACCCUGAGAAACCCGACUCUUCACAACUAGCAGAUGAUGUAAUUUCAGAUAUGGGUUUCAUCAACCAAAAACUCGAAAUGAUGUCAAGCGUGCUGGAAAAUUGUAACUGUAAGAUUUCACCUGAGAAAUCGAGCCUUAAGGAUGAGAUGAUACAUCUCUUGGAGAAGGUUGGAACAGCAUCAGAAAAGGUAAGAACCAUGGUUGAAAGGACAUCAACUUAG